AUGAAGCUAAUCGUAAAUAAGUUCGGAACAAAAAUUAACGGUGCUACAUUCAAAGAUGUCAAGAUCAUUAUCUCGAAAAAUGGUAAAAUGAUAUACUCCGCGGACAAGAACAAGGAAUCCGUCGUAAACGAAAACAAAGAACUGAUUAGGAAAGCUAAAAUAGAGCAUUCGAAAACACCUGCAGCCUUAGUGGAGGAACAACUCGAACAACAAAACCUGGAUGCUCCUCAGGAACUUGUGGAUAACGUACUGGAAAAUAUCGUUGAAAGAAUGGAUGAUGAAUUAUCCAGUCAAAGCGAAGCUAACGGUAAUAGUACAGUUAUAAUGGAAAACGAACUAAGGGAACUGAGAGAUAUCCUGAACGUAAAAGGAAACUCAGAUAAGCAAAAAAUUGAGUACCUUGAAGUAGAAAAAAAUCACUGGAAAGAACUGGCUGAAACCGAACGAACUGCAGGACGUGAACAGAAGGCUCUCCUGUAUGAAGCAAUGGCAGACAUGGCAGAAUUGAAAGCGGAUGAAAUAAGGUUAAGAUCAAACGAACGACCAAAAGGACCGAAAGCCAUGUCCAUCGUGGAAGAAGAGGUAGAAAUAAACGAUCUUACAAGGUUCGAAAGAUUUAAGAAAUGGGCAAAAGAAAACAUAUUUGGAAUAUCAGCCGUAGCGAUAUCUGUGGCGGGUAUCAUCACCACGAUUAUUAUGGGGGUUAGAAGCGUAGCAAAAAAGGGAUCAAGAGCAACAAGCAAAUUCGAAAAAGCAAUGGCAAACCUAGCCGGAAAGAUUGGACCCGUGCUAGCAUCCGUACUAAACCUCGUCGCUAAGGUUCUGUCAUGGGGAGAAAAGGGGAUUGCGUUCCUGGCGAAGAAUCUCUGGAUUUUAGCUCUGGCACUGACCUACUUCCUGCACAAUGAAUACAAAAGAAGAAAAAAAUAA